AUGUCAAACAUUGAGCUGAACCGACUGCGGUCGAGUCCACGCCCAGACUCUGGUUUUCUGACCGAAGAGCCCCACGACAUACACGAUAUAUUCACCCACUCCAACGCGUCUAUAUACCCAACGUCGGACAACAUACGUCCACCAUGGAAGCGUGACCUGCAUGCCCUGCUCGAACAACCGACGUCAUCAGCGGGGGCGUUCCUCAUACACAUCCUCAUGACGUUCUUGAUCGUUCUGUCGGCAAUCGUAACGGUGAUGGAAACCGUCCCGGCGUUUCACUCCAUAUCAACACGGUUCUGGUUUGGCUUUGAGACGAGUUUGGUAGCAUUGUUCACGGUGGAAUAUGUUGCGCGGUGUAUAGCAUGGAGUGGUUCAUGGAUGAGUUUGCUGAGGUGGAUGGUAUCUUUCUACGGGAUAAUAGAUUUGUUGUCAGUAUUGCCUUAUUAUAUAGAGAUUAUGCUACGACAAGACACGAGCGUCUUCUUUAGGUUCUCCAUUCUCCGCAUGUUCAGACUUCUUCGGGUUUUUAGACCUUUCAAGUACAACAAUACUAUCCUUCUAACCAUCGAAGUGAUGUUCCUCUCGGUCCGGAGAUCCCAGCACGCGCUGUUGGCAAUUGGGUUCUUUGUGAUCAUGCUAAUGACCAUCUUCAGCACUCUUCUGUACUUUAUCGAACGUGGUACCUGGGAUGACACACUAGAGACUUUCGUCAACUCUGACGGUGACCCCACGCAAUUCGCAUCUAUACCUGCAGCAGCCUGGUUCGUCAUCGUAACAAUAUCCACAGUCGGGUAUGGCGAAAUCACCCCUCGCUCCUUCCUCGGUCGUCUCGUCACACUGCCUUUACUCCUCUUCGGCUUGCUCCUCAUCGCCCUCCCCAGCUUUGUUCUGGGACGAGAGUUCAGUCUCGUCUGGGAAAAGAUGACUGAGAACCAGCGUCAGCCAAUUGACGAACUGGAUAUCGCUGACUCGCCGACGCUGACGAGGCCGCUGUUUAGUGCAGGCAGUACGUCGAGCAGGCCGAAGAAAACAGACUUGUCAAACAGGAAGUUGGCCCAAAAUCAGACGGAGUUGAGCAGGCAGAUCGAGCGCCUGAGUGCGACCGUGGAGGCGCAGGGUGCGAUGAUCCAGCGGUUAUUGCAGGUGAUGGACAAGGGCAAGCAAAGGGAGCAGUGA